GCUUGAGACCUAGGUUUUCAAAACAGAUUCCCAGUCGGUGGGCUCCCCCAUAAGUUAGGGCAUCUAUAAUUCAUGUGUUUCGGCAGCAGGUAAACGCUCACUGUGUGCAACUCCCGCUGUUCUUAAACACUCAGUCUAGUCGCUUCGUGUUGGCAGGAAAAACCCUAGUCUCCUCCUCCUCCUCCUCCUCCUCGCGUUAGUUCAAUCAAGGAAAAUGACUGGAGAAGCAGUUAAUCCCAAGGCUUACCCAUUGGCCGAUGCUCAGCUAACUAUAACCAUACUUGACCUCAUUCAACAAGCCGCCAACUAUAAACAGCUCAAAAAGGGUGCUAAUGAAGCAACUAAGACUCUAAAUAGGGGUAUUUCGGAGUUUAUAGUAAUGGCGGCUGACACAGAGCCUCUGGAAAUCCUUCUCCAUCUUCCACUACUUGCUGAAGACAAGAAUGUGCCAUAUGUGUUUGUACCUUCUAAGCAAGCCCUUGGCCGAGCAUGUGGAGUCACACGACCUGUGAUUUCUUGUUCUGUGACAAGCAAUGAGGGAAGCCAGCUGAAAUCGCAAAUUCAACAACUGAAGGAUGCCAUUGAGAAACUCCUGAUCUGAAUAAUUGCUGGAAACCUCGAGGAUCAUAAAUUUAGGUACUUCAGAGGCUUUGACUGAUGAAGUUGUGCCAUUGGAAAUAUCCAUUUUUUAUGUUUUCUUGGGGGUGAUGGGCACAUUUAUCAUUCCUGUCUCUUUCUGUGUUGGGUUGACAUUUCUUUAUCGUGUCAUAUGAGUGCAAGAGUGUGCUUCUCUCGAGUUCUAUCAUGGAUGUGGAUUGUGGACGAUUGAUUGAAUUUCAAGAUUAAUCUUUUUCAUUAA